CACACACCUCAAUUAAAACUGGGCACACUGCUGCGCGACGAGAAAGUUUGGUCUUCCUCAAAGUUUUCUUUAACAAGUAGUGUACUCUCUUAGAGUUUAAUUGUCGCUUGUUUUACUGUGACUAGCCUAUUUGAAACGGGCAUCAUUUGAAGAUACGUGUUUUUUCUUGACCCGAGUACAGAAGACGUCGAUCGAUAAGUACAUCCUCGGUCUGCGCGUUAAACGCGUUAAACCCUAUUUAUUUAGUUAUAAUCCUAGUUCCCCGGUUGAGAUGGAGUGGCGGGAGCAGACCAGUGUCAGCUGCAUGGACGCCUUCGAAGAGACUAAGCGGUGGAUUGAGAAAGUGACCAGUAAGUCGUUUGAAAGUAGUAACUUCCGUGCUGCUCUGGAAAAUGGAGUCCUACUCUGCGAUUUGAUGAACAAGUUGAAACCUGGCAUUAUCAAGAGGCUGAACAGGCUUUCAACCCCGAUCGCCGGAUUGGACAAUGUGAAUGUGUUCCUGAAGGCCUGCUCUAAGCUGGGUCUGAACGAGUCUCAGCUCUUCCACCCUGGAGACCUCCAGGACCUUUCCACCAGGGUCACCCUCAGGAGCGAAGAAAGCAAUAGGCGACUAAAGAACGUUCUGAUCACAGUGUACUGGCUGGGUCGCCGGGCCCAGCUUGAGCCCUUCUACUGCGGCCCACAGCUCAACUUCAAGGCCUUCGAGGGCCUGCUGGGCCUGACGCUGUCUAAGGCCCUAGAGGAAGGCAGCGGCCUGUGCCCCAGAGACGGGGGCUACGGCGACCCGGAAAAGGAGAACCUGUAUCACGUCAGACCGGCUUACCGCAGGGAUGACUCGGUUGAGGGUGGGAAUUAUCUGGACCACCACAGCGCCCACCAAAGAAGUGAAGGCUGUGGCAGUGACGUGGAGGCUGACCAGCUGUUCAGUAUGUCAGCCCAGAAGGACUCAGCCCAGCAGCAGGAGAGGGGAUAUGUCCCCCCAGUAGAGGGAGCCUACCCCCUACCCAGGGAGGGGGGUUGCAUCGCCCCAGCGCCACUUCGCAGGAAGAAGGGAUGUGAGGAGAACAAACAAGGCUUACUCACCAGAGUCUCUCAGAUUCAGCUCCGUCCGGGUCGACCGCCUCAGGUCAACCCUGGCUGGAUUUGGAGCAAAUCCACGACGGACAUCCCCAUGGAGUCCCCGGGCUACCAGGAUGAUGGGCAGAACUUGGGGGGUCCUGACGUCAGCAGGCCAAGUCGCCCUCCAAACGGUGCCAGGUCCAAGGAGAGCGUGGAGAAAUGGCAGGAGGAUUUGACAAAGUGGAAGAACCGACGUAGGAGCACCAAUUCUGACCUCCACAGGAAGGUCGAGGAACGAAACCAUGAUGUCAACGAGACGACCAGGGGGACUAGGGCGACCGUUGGACAGAAUAAAACGGCAAACGGAGACCAGCUGUCGCCUUCUGUUCCCGGCCCAGCCUCCUCCCAUUCAUCCAGAGCCUCUCGCCCAGCACUCUCUCGGAGUUACACAGUCGAGACCCGGCUCAGAGACCCCUUGCCCAACAAAGCAUCCUCCUCAUGUAGCCCCGUCCAGAACCAGCCCCUGUCUGGAGCCAUGCCCGCCUCUCACCGCCCUCUGCUUGGAGAGGAGGUCCCUUCCGCUUCAUUGGCCUCCGACGGCAACGCCUCCUCCACCGCUACCACCCCCUCCACCUGCAGUCCUUACACCUCCCAGACCCUCAUCAAGCUCCAGCCUGGUCCCACUGCUGGACAGACCCAGACCGGCGGGAGGGGUCGUAGAACCACUAUGGGGCCGGUCCCGUAUUCGGGCAUUGGCACGGUCGACCGUACACCUUACUCACCGCAGGUCACGGACCGCAAAAUCACAAUCCUCCAUCACGGGCCGUUCCUCCAGCGGAGAGACGUGACCCAGCAGAACCACUGCUCUCUGAACACUGCCGAGCCUGGAGCCGGGGAGGAGGCGGGAGGUCUGGUGAACGGGCCAACGCACCACAGCUUCCUCCACAGGUACAACUCUAUGCCCUGGUCGGGCUCGGCCAGCCUCCCUCGAGGGUACCGCCGCUCUGAAGGCUCGGCACGCCUAUCAAACGUCCUCACGGCCCGCCCCUUCGGUACCAGGCCCUCCAGGAAGUCCUCACUGCUCAGCACAGGAAGUGACUACAAGACCCUCCCACUGAGCGGUGACAUGCAAGCUCCCCAGCCCAUCCUGAACCGUCAGGUCGCGACCUCCCUCAUUAGGGCUCCCCGCCAAGCCGCAGAGAAACAGGAAGUGGAGAACCAGGCAGAGAAGGAACGUGACAGGGAAGAGGGUGGACAUACCAACGGUCUUCCCUACUGCAGUCAACCACCCUUUAAAACCCUUUCCCAAACACACCUGUCUCCUCCAGCCAUUCACGCCGCACCACAGAAGCGGAUGAGGGUGAGUCUGAGCCUGACACCCAACAGUGUGGAUGACUUCGGUUUCCAGACAGACUGGAGCGCCACUGGAGCCAGAGUCACCUCUGUUCAACAAGGCAGCCCUGCUGAGCUUUGCCAGCUGUGCGUGGGUGAUGUCAUCACCACAUUAGGCGGAGCCAAGGUGGAGCAGCUGAGCUCCAGCCAAUGGGAGAGCACUAUGACGUCAGCCCUGCAGUCCGGUAGCCUCACCAUGGACGUCAGUCGCUAUAGCAACCAGGGCUGUCCUGAAAACCACGUCCACAAAGACAUCAUGACCCUGCCCACUGGCCCUGACCUACAUGCCCAGGGGUUGGGCAUCCAAACCAGGAACGGAGAAUUUGAGGGGACACGAAAGACCGCCAGUACCAAAGAACUUGAACGAAUUGUACUGAGAAAUAAGAGGCGGAGAGCGGAGUUUUUUGAUGUGAAAGGAGGUACUGAAUCAGCCAUAUCUGACCUUCAAGUUCCGUCUCUGAAACCGUCUUCCUCAAACUGGUCCUGGGACCACGAAGAAGAACGCAAACGUCAGGAGCGCUGGCAGGAGGAGCAGGAGCGCCACCUACAGGAGCGCUACCAGCGGGACCAGAAGCGGAUGCAGGCCGAAUGGCAGAGCGCUCAGGAGGGGACGGGAGAGGAGCCGAGGGGGACAGACGAGAGGCCGGUCUGGCUGGACGAUCCUGGUGUUGUCAUACCCACCAGCCUAACCAGACCUGUCGUCCAAAGACAAGCUCCUCACUGGGAGGCUGAUGGUUCAGUCAGACACCAGAACAAGGGGACGGGAUCUGCCGGUGUCCAGUACUCAGACCCUGCUCCUGUCGGACACCCGACCCCUACAGACCUGGCUGGCUUUAGGCCCCUUGGUACAGAGGCCGGGUCGAAGCCUCGCAGUCUAGAAGCGGAGAAGGAUAAGCGGGCUGAGCCUGACUUCUUCAGGCCGACGGGUUCUGGUGGAUUUACCCAGCUCUAUUCAGCGUACCGCGGGAUGUCAAAGUCCACCCCGACGCUGGCUUCUGACCACAGGCAGACCAAAGGCCCCGGGGAGCAGAAGAAGGGGAAGGUGGCGACUGCGUCAAAGGAGGAGCAGAACAGGCAGCAGAUCCUUGAAGAGAUGAAGAAGAGGACUCAGCUGCUGACCGACAACAGCUGGAUCCGCCAGCGCAGGGCCAGCUCCCUCAAAGAGCCCCUCUACACUGGUGGAACCCUCAGGAGAUACGAGUCUCUGGACAGCCUCCACACUGCCCCUCCCUCGGAGCCCCCCUGUGAGCUGUCGGGCCCCAGGUCUCUCUCUGGCUCCUCUGGGCGGAGUGUCUACCCCCGGUACACCACCUGCCCGACUCCACCUGACCAGCUCCCCAGCUGCCCCGUCGCCUUGUCCCAGCACUCAUUCCCUGACGCCUCAUGUAUCCCUGGAAAAGCUCCUGGUGAUUGUGCUGUGCCGAGCAUCUCGGAGGAGAGGGAUCAGAAGUUCAGAGCAGAGACCACAAGUCUUUCUGCGAGUGUUGCUACAUCCAGCUGAAGUGAGUAUUGUUUGCCACUCUGGAAUAGUUUCAGCCCUGUGGAACGCUAACAAAUCCUAUCAUAAAUUCUUACAGUUUCCAGCAACUGACCAGGUCCUGUGACCAGAGAAGUCUGUCAGAUUGAGAAAAAAGGGGCCAUUUUGUCGAGGAAGUGACGCGACAAAAUGUUGGAUGAACUUUCACGUGAACCCCACCCACUAGCGCCCUGGCCCGUGUGUUGUAUGAUUUUACAUUUUGAAAUAUUCGUUAAUCUUUCACUCGGCCAAAAGUUGCUAAUUAAGUGUACUGUAUGAAAUAAAAUAGGGUAAUGAGUGUUUUUAAAUCUUCGGUUUUUGGUUGUAUCUGUCCACUAUCGUUUUGUUUUCCCCCAUCAGCAAGUAACUUUACUAAUGCUAUGGUGAGGGCCAUGUCAAUUACAUAACUUCAAGCACUUUCUAUCUUCACUUUCAUCUUGCUAAGUGCACUUUGCAGAUCAUUUGGUGAUAUGGGUGCAGCAGUCAUAAAAUAAUGAAAUGUUUAACCAGGUAAAUGUGACUGAAAUGUUUGGAAAUAAAAGAUAUAUCCCACAAAUA